UUUUCUGGUUGAUUCCGGUUCAGGUCCACAGACCUCGACCCUAGAAGAGUGAGUCAGUGUCAGGUCUUCAAGAGGUGGAGGGAUUAAAUGGGGGAACUGAUCUUCCAAGGCUCCCCAGAUCUUGGAGCUUCACUCGCCAGACAUCCCGCGCUUUCCUGACAUCGCUUCCCCGACAUCGCUUCCCCGAGUCGUGCAGCAGCGGAGAGCUUCGCUAUCCAGAGCAAGCAGGGAGGCGUGGCCACAGAGGCUUAGUCAAGCAGAGGAAGAGGAAAGUGGCCUGGGGAAAGCCAGAGCUGACUGAAGUGCUCCUGGGAAGAACAAUUCAUUCAUUUGCUACCAAACCUGAUGAACCCUCAUUUGUCAAAGGUGGCACCAGGUGGGUGUCAGUGUCACACACAGGAGUAAAACUGUUCCUAGAGCAAAUGAUGAUGAGAGAGCUGAAGGCGGAUGCAUGCUCGAGCCGCCAGAUGAGGGCUAUAUGGGACACUAGUGGGUCUGUGAAAGAGAACCCCAGUCAGAGUACGAAAUACAGCACACAAAUAGAGAGUCUUGGUCCUGAGAGCGCUUGCAGGCACUUCUGGAGCUUUCGUUAUCAUGAAGCAACUGGACCGCUUGAGACUAUCAGCCAACUUCAGAAAUUAUGCCAUCAGUGGCUGAGGCCAGAGAUCCACUCAAAAGAGCAGAUCUUGGAGAUGCUGGUGUUAGAGCAAUUCCUGAGCAUUCUGCCAAAGGAGACCCAGAACUGGGUGCAGAAGCAUCAUCCACAGAAUGUCAAACAGGCUCUGGUCCUGGUGGAAUUCUUCCAGAGGAAGCCUGAUGGAACAAAGAAUGAGGUCACAGUCCAUGAGUUGGGAAAGGAGGCAGUGCUCUUGGGAGGAACGGCAGUGGCCCCAGGCUUCAAGUGGAAGCCAGCAGAGCCCCAACCAACGGGUGUGUUCCAGAAAGAAUAUUGGAAUACAUACUGGGUACUACAAGAACAGCUGGGCUGGAACACUCACAAAGAAACCCAGCCUGUAUAUGAAAGAGCUGUGCAUGAUCAACAGAUGUUAGCCCUUUCUGAGCAGAAAAGCACCAAAGACUGGAAGAUGGCAUCUGAAUUCAUCCUGCCUGCAUCCCAGAGUUUGUUGACAUUUGAAGACGUGGCUGUGUAUUUUUCUGAGGAAGAAUGGCAAUUAUUGGAUCCUCCUGAGAAGACUCUCUACAAUGACGUAAUGCAGGAUAUCUAUGAGACUGUCAUCUCUCUAGGGUUAAAGCUAAAAAGUGACACUGGAAAUGAUCAUCCUGUAUCUGUUUCUACAUCAGAAAUGCAAACACCAGGCUGCAAAGUAUCAGAAAACACCAGAAGGAAAAUUGCCCAGAAAACAAUGGGCAGGGAGAAUCAUGGUGAUACACACAGGGUGCAGAAAUGGCAUCGAGCUUUUCCAAGGAAGAAAAGAAAGAAACUUGCAACUUGUAAGCAAGAGCUUCCAAAACUUAUGGAUCUUCCCAGGAAAGGCCCCACAGGGGAGAAACCUUUUAAAUGUCAGGAAUGUGGGAAAAGCUUCAGAGUUAGCUCUGAUCUUAUUAAGCACCAGAGAAUUCACACUGGAGAGAAACCCUAUAAAUGUCAACAAUGUGACAGGAGGUUUAGAUGGAGUUCAGAUCUUAAUAAGCACUUCAUGACCCAUCAAGGAAUAAAACCAUAUAGAUGCUCAUGGUGUGGGAAGAGCUUUAGUCAUAACACAAAUCUACACACACACCAAAGAAUUCACACAGGAGAGAAGCCCUUUAAAUGUCAUGAAUGUGGAAAAAGAUUCAUUCAGAACUCCCACCUUAUUAAACACCAGAGAACUCACACAGGUGAACAGCCUUAUACAUGUAGCAUAUGCAAGAGAAACUUUAGUAGGCGGUCGAGCCUUCUUAGACACCAGAAACUCCACAGAAGAAGGGAAGCAUGUCUAGUGUCUCCAAACUGAGGAAAGUUACCAUGUAGAGCUUCACCUUAGAAGUGAUGAAAGAAUACAAAAUUAUGAGGCACUCAAUGAUAAAAAUGUGUCAUCAGUAGAACAUUUGGGAAGUGUACAUGCUACACUUAACAAAAAGGAAUCUAAGCUGUCUGUCUUAUUCAGUAUUGCAUCUUCUGUGCCUAGCAUAAGAGUGAUACAUAAGGAGUACUUUACAAAUAAAAUAAAUGAAAGUGUAGUGAUGAGAUAUCUUUAGCUAUCUAUGUACAUGUGUGUAUCUGUUAUUCAAAGUUUCCCCACCCCCAGUCAUCUAACUUUUUCAGGUAUCAGAUAUAUGAUGGUCAAGGCUUUUAGUCUCGUUCUUUAUUCUUUGUCAGAAGAGAUAGAAAAUAAGAGUACACCUAAAGUAAAGUAAAUAAAUUAAAAAUAAUUCAAGCACACACACACACACACACACACACACACACACACACACACACGAGUACUUGGGCCCUCAGAGAUAAUUGCUAAGUUAGGGACAGUUUCAGUAGUUACCAUUCUAUCUACAUGAACAAUCAAGGCUGGGACCCAGGGAAAUUUACUCUGUAACAGAAAGAGAGGAUUCAAUGUUUGCCCUGGAAGAAGUCUCCCAUUCUCAUUGCUUCUGUCCUGAGUAUCCACUACCACAAUGUCUUCUGUCAAGGACUUAUAAGUAGCAAGGGAAGGUCUGAAUGUAAGGACAGACCUAGGGACCUUGAUAUCUCUUCUCUUGCUGACAUUGUCAACAUAGACAUAUACAAUGAAAUGAUGAGGGAGAAAGUCUUGGCCCUCAUCCAGCUAUCUGUUUCUUUGCAUAAAGCACAAAUAAGUGGCAAAUGUUCUUUUUCUGACUUUCACUAUGUGGACUGGACAGAGGCUUUCAAACUGGUGCCAUACUACUGCAGGACCUAAAGGGAGGCCUGUCUUUAUGGCUGAUCAACUACAACCCUAUGUAUCUGAAUACUCUGCAAGAAGGCCUGGAAAUUUUGCAAAACUGAUUUACUGAGAACGGCAAGGAGAACCUUGUGACCUUUUAGCUUUAGUGCACAGCUGAUGCCAGGAGGGAACAUCCUAAAGUGUUAGAGCAAAGUAAGGCAUGUGGCUUAGAGUGAUGACCCCAGUCAAAGUCAGGCCAGAUGGAAAUUGUUUUCUGAUGUUACUGGUUUUCUUCUCUUCCCUAUUGGCCAAAGUGACUAUCUCUUAAGAGAAGAUGAUGUGAUGUCAAGGGAGGUUGGAAGGCAUAGAUUUACAUCUAUGUCAGAUCAUGGUUUAUAAUGUUGGCCAAGGCUUAUUUAUAUGUUUAUUUAUUAUUUAAUAAAAGUGUACUUUGUAAUGAAAAUGACAUGUUUCAUGUUAAAUUUAGAUAAUAAACCAAACUUUGUUACCACAUCA